GCUUCGUCCUUCCUCUCUGUGGCUGUUAGGCCGAACAUUGCAGGAUCUAGCAGAGGAGUGGCCUGCAGCAGUACGUGGACAGGUUUGAGGAUUAUCACACUUUUUAUACUAUUCCGGAAGGUCCCUAUAUGACAAUCAUGAAUUUUGUUAAGCUUCCAGCGUCUAUGCUGAGUAUAAGUAUGCCAAGGAAGCCACCAACACUUAGUCUUCUCUCCUCAGCCCUUUCAGUCAAGCUCAGUUCCAGACAUCUCAGCCGUCACUUCUGCCAAGCAAAUACUACCUGUUCUCCUUCUUAUUCAAGAUGAAGUUCUUCACUCUCGCAUCCACUAUGCUUCUCGCAAGUGGCGCCAUAGCCGCUCCAGGAACAGCCCGCCGAGCUGAGCGCCACCGCAAGCGCGUUGCCAACCGCAGCGGCAACCCCAUGAUCAAGUCCAAUGGUGCCGCUGCCGUUGCAGCCGCCAACAUUUCAAACGUCGAGUACAGCGAGAACUGGGCUGGUGCCGUCUUGAUCGGUACUGGCUACAAGUCCGUGACCGGAACUUUCACCGUCCCAACUCCAUCUACGACCGGCUCAGGCUCUGCUUGGGUUGGGAUCGAUGGUGACACUUGCGAUACCGCCAUCUUGCAAACUGGUAUUGACUGGACCAAGUCUGGCUCCAGUAUCACUUACGAUGCCUGGUAUGAGUGGUAUCCCGACUACGCCUAUGAUUUCUCCGGCAUUUCAAUCGCGGCUGGCAACACCAUCACGGUCACCGUGACCGCCACUUCCGAUACUGCUGGUACAGCAGUCAUCGAGAACGUUAGUACAGGCACGACCGUUACCCACACUUUCACUGGGGGCGAGGACGGUGAUCUCUGCGAGUACAACGCAGAAUGGAUUGUUGAGGACUACGAGGAGGGCGACUCUUUGGUCACUUUUGCCGAUUUCGGCACCGUUGAGUUCACCGACUGCUCUGCUACCGAUGGAUCAGGAACUGUUGGAACAACUGGUGCUACUAUCAUCGACAUUGAGCAGAACAACAAGGUCCUCACCUCUUGCUCUGUUCCCAGCUCUUCGGAAGUUCUUUGCACUUAUGUUUAAAGGCGUGGAGGGCCGAGGGAGGUUAUUGCAUUGCAUGAGUUGGGUGAUGAAAAGGGGGCCUACCGGUAGUGUUGUGGCUUGACUGAGAUCGAAGAGCAUGAGGGUUUAAUUUUCUGAUUAUGCAGUUAUGGUUUGAACUUUUCAACAAAUGGAUGAUCGGUUUUGCGCAAUACUGUCCGUAUUUUGCUUCGCUUGAGUCCUUGGUCGUUCAUGAAGUGGCUACACCUUGGCAGUUUUUUCGCUUAAUCCGCUUAACUCGUGCCAGUAUUUGCCCCUAUUUUGGGUUGUCUUCCCUAAGCUCAUUCCAAACCAUUGCGUGUAGAUCUGUGCUCGUUGCAAGUAUGUUU